CGUAGAGCGUCUGCGCUGACGUCACGCCUACGCCGAGGCAUCGAGCGGAGCUGUGAGCGCGGCCGUCAGACGGAGGCGCGCCGAGGCAACGCACGCAGCGACGAUGAGCUCCGGCCGGCGCGACUGAAAAAAAAAAACAAAAAAAAAAAAACAAUUGCGUUAUUAUUCCGAUUCUUUUUUUUUUUUUUCUUUUCAUAUGUUAAUAGUUUCAGGUUUAUCUCUGAAGAAUCUGACGGACGUUUGGGGGGCAGCCGUGCAUUCGCUCCGGGGUUUCAGCAUGUCCUCCGCGGCGGUCGCAGCCUCCAGAAGGCAGUCGUGUUACCUGUGCGACCUGCCCCGCAUGCCGUGGGCGAUGAUCUGGGACUUCACGGAGCCGGUGUGCCGUGGAUGCGUCAACUACGAGGGUGCAGACAGGAUAGAGUUUGUCAUCGAGACGGCGAGGCAGCUGAAGAGAGCGCACGGCUUCCAGGACGGCCGCUCUCCGGGGCCGGGGAAGCCGCACCACCUGGCCGGGAAGGAGCUCAACCACUCGGCCGGGGAGCAGGCGAGCCGUGCGCCGCAGCCGCUGGAUCGCUACCCGCUGUCCGACCGGCCUCCACGGUUGGGCCCGGAGUACCAGACGACUGGGAGGCAGGCAAACGGGCUCCCUAUGCCGAAUGGGUUCCCAAAACCGGACGAGCCACCCGAGCUGAACCGGCAGAGCCCGAACCCCCGGAGGACGAGCGCGGCGCCUCCAAAUUUGGUGCCCCUGGUAAACGGAGGAGGCAUUUCCACCAUACACCCGCUGAACGGACGCCCGGCUCAGAUGGGGAUACCCGGGUGCUGGCGCAGCCUGGGCCCGGGGGAGCAGCACGGGAAGCGUCCGGAGGAGAUGAAAGAGAAACACAGGCCGGACAGCCUGUCGGACAUGUCGGACAGCCACAAGGAGUGGAUAGGCAAAGGCAAGACGGUGCGGGACCUGAUGGCGCUGCACACCUUCGACAGCAGGUUUAAGAAGGACCACGCCGCCAUGCAGAGGGUGAUGGGCUAUGAACCCGGCGCCACUUCCUCAAAAACAGACAGGGGGAAGCACCCACGCAGCAUGAAGAGGAAGGCCUCCCCGGAGCCAGACGGCGAGGGCAGCGCCCCCAAGAUGAACGGCGGCGAGGGCCAACAUUGGCUCCCGUCGCCCUCCGAGGUCCUGAAAAUGCCCCCGGUGGCCCUGCAAGGCUUCUCGGCCGCUCCGCCUUCCACAAUCUCCCCCACUCCCAACCACGCCCCCGAGGCGGCCACAGCGCAGAAUGGCCAGUCCCCCAUGGCGGCGCUCAUCCUCGCCACGGACAACGCCGGCAGCACGGGCUCGCCUAAGGACGCCAACCAGGUACACUCCACCACGGCGGGCGCGCGGCGGAACAGCGAGCCCCUGUCGCCGUCCUCGGCCUCGCAGAGGAGGCUGGCCCAGAGGGAGGGGCCUGUGAGCGCCAACCCCUCUGCGCAGCACGGGCCCGGGGGCAUGGACCCCCACGCGCCGCCGCUGCAGAGCAUCCCGGACUCUUCCGUGCCGCCGGGCAGCGUGCCACUGUGCUGCACUUUGUGCCACGAGCGGCUGGAGGACACUCACUUCGUGCAGUGCCCGUCCGUGGCGUCGCACAAGUUCUGCUUCCCGUGCUCCCGGGAGAGCAUCAAGCAGCAGGGCGCCACCGGCGAGGUGUACUGCCCAAGCGGCGAGCGGUGCCCGCUGGUCGGCUCCAACGUGCCCUGGGCCUUCAUGCAGGGGGAAAUAGCCACCAUCUUGGCCGGGGACAUAAAAGUUAAAAAGGAGCGGGACCCUUGAAAUGCUCCCCAGCUGUCUCUCAAACUCUUUUCCUUUUUGUAAUCCGACUACGGCAACAGCAGCAGGACAUAAAGUAACACACACACUCACCCCAAAUAUAAAUCAUCCAGCUGGCCCCAGACAGACUGACGGACAUGUACAUAUUGGACACAAGGGAAGUAUAUACUUCGUAAACAUGGCUGUAUAAUUUUUUUUUUUUGAUUCUUCUUUUUUUUUUCAAUACAUUGUGUUUCUAUAUUUUUGAAGAUAAAAAGGUAUGUACUCUUCAUAACAGCCCCUCCCCCCCAUCAUCAUCAUCACACUUUGUUUCUUUUAAAUCUGUUGGUGUACUUUAGGUCUGGAGACAGUCCUGUCAAACAUAGAAUGUGACUAAUCUGAGCACUUGGCAAAAAAAUAAUAAAAAAAAAAAAGAAAAAAAAAAAAAAAAAAAUGCUUCUAGCUGUACAUGUAUGCACUUGUUUAAGAAAAAAAAAAAACUUGCCAAAUACAGUUUCAGACCUUGU